UGUUCCUCAUGGCGAUAGUGACAGCUGCGUUGGCAGUCAAAAGCGGCAUGAAUCACUUGUCGUCCACGUUGAUGGGCCAAUACGAGAUCCCAUAUAACGACUCCAAGCUCGCCAAGAAAACGGUCGGAGACCGCCGCGGGGUUGGAUUUAUGCGGCUCAAGAUUUACAA